AGUAAUAAACUAAAAAAGGGGAAAAUGUGACAAGUGGUUCAAGAUGAUGUCUUUUAAAAAAAGAUGAAGAGUCUAUAAAACUGGAGUAGCCUACCGAACAGGACCGGCGGAAGCAUGAACGGUGGGGGGGGGGCUCAUUUUGGAAAAGACAAAUCAAUUAGCUCGUAUUCUCUACUAUUUUAAUUCACUGUGAUGACAAUAAACAAAUAAAUCAUACGACAGCGCAUUAUUAUGAACGAUCCGCACAGCACGAAUUACCGCAGCUCUUUCCUGAAAAGUUUAUUUUUCUUUUAAAUUAUUAUUAUUACCGCAUUAGCAACAACACUUGAAACGAGAACAAUCAUACAGUGAGCAGGUCCUCUAUACAGAUUGCAAUAAACAGAUUCCCACGUACACCAAAGGUAACGAAUGCUCAUAUAAUGCUUACUUUCAGACUAUUCAAUACUGAAUAUCAAAAGCAGAUGCUCUUGUAAACAAUCCGACAUUUUCAAUAGCGCUAAUAAACGUAUUGAUAAACAAUAUCACAUUUGCCAAUUUAUCAAGAGUAGCCGACUGAGCUGGUGGCGUACAAUAAUUCGGUAAGAGUGAGAACAGAUUUGUAUUUAUUUAUUUUUUUUUAUAUCGUGUAUGUUAUUUGUCCUUUUAUACUUCAAACAAAUAUGUUACAAAAUUGCGAAAAGCGGGCGAACUGUAUUGGAAAGUGUAUCCACUAAUAUAUGUAUAGAUAUACAUUGCGGGCUAGCUGCUUUCUGCAUUUUACUGUAACAAGCCAGCUCCUAAUUAGUCGGUUAGAGAUAACUAAACCAUCGUCCCGACAAGCUUUCAGCACGCCCAGAUCAACCACAGCCGUGCAACCAUGCAACCUUAUCAGCCAAAUUAAUUCAGCAAACUGUCCCGUACCGCUGAGCCCCAAGUGAGGUCACUUCCGACUCAGCGAUUAAAGGUUCCAGCCGUCACGUCAUGAACAAGGAAACAGGAACAGCAAGAAGGCUUACUGUCGCUAGCAACUGAGCUGAAUUGAGGGUUUCUUUUAAUCAACUGAAAAUAAAAGACUCGAAGAUGAUUUCAGAAGGCAGCUCCUUCAUAAAGGGGAUGUUGCUGGGGGGAAUCUUCUGCGCAGCAGUAACCCUGUUAGGGGAUUUCAACAAGGGGCAUCAGUCAACCACAGACCACCAUCACCACCACAUCCAGGCGCCAAGCGAGGAGGAACUGCUAAAGCUUCCCGAGCCCAAGAGGUUAGAGCUGAGCCAGCACAUCCGCGUGUACUGCGCCAUCCUCGUGCAGCCCAGAGAGCUCUCCUACUGGGCAGCUGUGGUGGAUACCUGGAGCAAGCACUGUGACAAGGCGGAGUUCUACACCUCCGAAGACGUCAAGGUGUUCCGCGCUGUCAGCCUUGACACCAAAGACCAGUGGCUCAUGCUGAGGAACGCUCUGAAACAUGCAUACGCCAACGGCAAGGGCUACAGCUGGUACUUUGUGGCACUCCCCUCCACGUUUGCGAUUAUCGAGAACCUGAAAUACUUCCUUUUGAAUAAGGACCCCAGCCAGCCCUUCUACAUCGGACACACUGUUAAAUCGGGGGAGCUGGAGUACGCUGAGCUUGAGGGCGGUGUGGUGCUGAGCGUUGAAGCCCUCAGGAGGCUGGUGGGGGUGUUCAGCGACGAUAUCAAGUGCCCCGAACAGGGCCGCGCUCUUUGGAAACUGACUGAGGAAAAGGAGCUGGCUGUGUGUCUGAAGUACACAGGCGUGUUCGCGGAGAACGCAGAGGACUCGGAAGGAAAGGAGGUUUUCAACACCAAAUCGGUCAGCACUCUUAUUAAAGAGGCACUGGCUAAGAAACCCCAGGAGGUGGUGAACGGCUGCUGCUCUGACGUAGCCAUCACCUUCCACGGCCAGUCUCCGAACCACAUGCAGGUCCUCAUGUACGGGGUCUACAGACUCCGUCCCUACGGGCACACGUUCCACGAUUCCUUGAUAUUUUUGCCUCCAGUUGAUUCCGACAAUGACUAAGCUUGGGCUGCGUCUGCAGCCACACAGAACUGCGCCCCUGUGCAAAACAAAUCUGGAAACUACUUUUAUCUGUUCUCGUUUAUAAGGCAUUGUUCAGUGGUACGAAGGUACAAGGUUUCAACAAUUUCAAUAUUUCAACAGGAGAUGUCAGCCUUCUGUCACACAUUGCAUUCAUGUGCUGGUCAAAGUUACAAUUUUCUUGUUAACGGUGAUGGUGGUUAAAAGCUAACCAGGUGGUUGUUGUAUCAUUAGGGUGUGAGGAAAUCAUUAUCUUUUAUUACGUAGUGCACCGAGCCUGAUUCUCAAGGUGAAACUGAGGUUUGAGACCCUGUGUUUUAUAUACAAGGAAAUAUUACCACAAAUUCAUUUUUAUUUUUGAUUUUGUUCACUCUUUCUGAAUGGCUGCAAUCCUGAUUUCUGGAAGCAUUCAGAAUGAUUGCCAACAUCAUAAAAAGCUAAAGAAAUAUUUGGCUUUUAUAGACGCAAUAUUGGAAUGGGCUUUUGUUGCCACGUGUCCUUGAAGUUAAGAGUCCUCCCUGGAAUUUUACUUUUAUAGAAAACAAUACUCCAAAUUGACUGUCAUGCCACGUGAUGAUGUUUUAUCUCUUUGGUGUACAAUGUAGCACAUUCAUUUACAGUAGAACCUGCCAGGUCUGAUUUACUUGGUUCCAGGGGUCCAUGUAUAUGUGAAAAUAUUGGAUCUGAGAGGGAGUUGUCCUACUACAUUUCAGUUGCUUUGUUAAUGUUGGGACAUUCAUCUAAAAUACCAAAUUACAAUAGUGCACCAGCUCUUUAAGCACCUGAAUGGCUGGUUCCAUAGACACCAAUCGCCACUCUUCACUUCAGAUAACGUGAGCCCAUCUUAGUUUCAUGCUGAUUGGUUGCAGCAAACCAGCUGAAAGCAUAGAGUUGUUUACUAGUUUAGCCUAAUUUAACAGCUGUAUAUUUUGACAUUAAUAACCUAAUAAACCUGGUCAAACAUUUUCUCAAAUUCCAGGCAGGUUUGGUGUAUUAAGUAAUUUUUUUUUUUUUUUUUUUUUUUUUUAAACCCGCAAAGGUUUUGUGUGUGAAUUUGUAAAUACCCGUUUUGCAGUGUUGAGUGCUUUCUGGAUUCGACUGAACAAACAAAACAUGUUGUUCAAACAUGUUGACAAAGCUCAUGUCCUGAGAGCUCACUUAUUUUCUGCCGGUGUAUUGCUGUUUCGUGUUUUCCGCAGUGAAAUGUUUGUGUUACGGAUGCAUUGGUGAAGCCUGUACUAUUGCAUCUGUUCAUCAGUUAUGUUUUUGCCACUUCGGUCGAUAUAAAUAAUAUAUUAAUAUUAAAGGCAUAAAACUGUCACAGUUCAGGAGAAUAAGUAAAUUAUAUUAGUUGGACUCAUGUUCAUUGAGAUCCAUGAUAGAUACGUUUCCAAGAAUGACAAUCCGGCUGUCUUUCUGAUGGCAGAAUGUUUUGCAAAUCGAUUUGGCCUGUAUGUAUAUGCAUGUUUUGCACAGGCUGUGAUUGAUGCAAUAUUCAAAAUGUCAUCAGUUCCCAGUCUGCUGCAGCACCUAAUCUAUUUGAAAGAAAAUAUAUAAGUACAGUAAUCAAAGUACUGCAUUUAAUUUAGGUGAAUUAGUAUGAGAAUUUUUAUUAAAUUUGUAUUUAUCUCUGAAAGUCGUGUAUAGAUGAUUCAAACUAUAUUUGAUACAUUUUCAUAUAUCUAAUUAAGGAAGAAAGAAAGUCAGCAAGUUCCAAAGCCUCAAUUUUGCAGAGAUUAACCACCAAUAAGCUGAGAAAAUGAGUGACAUACUGUAACUUAAAUAAGCAUCUAUAAAUGUACAGUAUAAUGUAGACAGGAAUGUUUGAUUUUAGGUAGUCAUUUUUUGUGACAGUUACAUAUUAAGGACCUUCUUUUAAGUGAUGUUUUUUAACUCUGACGUUGACGUGGGGGCAUUUAUAUUUCUCAAGAACCACCAGCUACAGGUUGUUAUUACACAAAAUACAAUUAAAAGUAUGUUUUUCUGUAUCUGUUAGAAUGUCUUGUUUAAGAUAUGUUAAUGUCUUACUGAGAUUGUUCUCUUGCAAUCUAGAAACAACCGUUCUAAAAUGUAAAAAUCCUGAAAUAAUGUUCAGUAAUGUAGAAAGCUUUGCAAAUGAUAUAUUGAGAUCACCUGCAUUCAUUAUUUGGAAUAACAAAAUAUCAGAUUCUUCGUUUGACAUACUGUGUGUUUGUAUGUAACAAGUGAAAAAAAAAAAAAAAACACAGUGAAGGGACAGCGAAUGUAAAAUGUUUUUAGUGAAGUUGUAAACUUUGCAGUGGAAGUGACAGAAUGUACAGUGAAUUGAAAAGUGUGCUCUCUUGCCAUUCAAGUGGGUUGCACAAAGCUUUCGAACCCUGAAUCUGCUUUUAAUAUGAAGGUAUUUUUGCAUAGCACACAUUUUUUCUACUUGUUUUGGAUAAUUUGUGGUAAAUACAUAAAACCUGAAAUACUGGGAAUAAUUUGGUUUCUUUUCAAUAAAUGUUUGUCUCUCUGGAUUUUUUCAAA